ACCACCCCGCCCCCCGGGAGCAUGACCACCCCUCCCCCAACCAGCACAAGCACCCCUCACUCCAGCAAUCCGACCACCCUGCCCCCCACUAGCACAACCACACCUCACUCCGGGAAUACGACCACCCCAUCCCCCAGCACCUUCAUAACGACCCCAGCCCCGAUCCAUUUAUUUCUCGCCUUCCACAUCGUGAACUGGAACUUCAACAACUCCCUUCUCAACCCCAGCACCAGUUACUACAAGGAGUUAUAUUCCAAAAUCCAGAUCAUGUACAGCAAGAUCUAUGGCUGCCCAACGUGCCCGAAUGGGCAGAACUACCUGGGAUUGACUGAUCUGCGUUUCAGCCAGGGCUCGGUGGCGACAGAGUCCGUCCUGCUGUACCGAGUGAGCAACACCAGCAUCAGCGCCACUGACAUUGAGCAGCAGCUGACACAAAGACUGGAUGGCAGUAACAGCUUUGAUGGGCUCCAGCUGGACAAUAUCCGCGCCAACUCUGGCAGCUCUCCCCUGGCCCCCUCGGCGCCAGCACCCCUGGUGCCCAGCUGGGGCAUCGCCCUGCUGGUCCUGGUCUGCAUUGGGCUGGUGCUGAGCAUUCUCCUCUUCAUCCUGGUGAUCGUCUGCUCAUACCACAGGAGGAGCCGUGGGAAGCUGGAUCUGCUCAGCUCACAUACCUCGUACCAGCCCAGGAGCGAGUACCCCACCUACCACACCCACGGGCGCUUCAGCGCCCCCAGCAAGAAGCAGAACCCCUACAGUGACAUCGCCGCUGGCAACUAGGGGAAUUUCUAGGGGCGCCACCCCGAGGACCGGCUGGAGCAGAGCUCCCAGCAUCGCCGUGUGCUUCCUGCAGCUGGACUCCAGGGGGCAGGGCAGGGGUUUGCUGCAAUGGGGGGAGGGGG